UCCGAGGUGCGUGUGCGUGCGUAGACCUGGUAAUGGAGGAUGGUGAACUACUCACAGGGGCUUAGUUAGCAAGCUGUCUUCUUUCUUUUCUGCUCACAGCUGCCUUUUUAGUGGAAGAUAAGUACAAACAACUCAAAGAAACAGCGUCUGAAUCAACUGAGAGCAGGAGGAGCUGCCAUUGGGUUUUGGGAUGGCGUCAGAUGCAGGUUCCCAAAACAGUGGUUCCAAGGGGAUCAUGACUUUUUAUCCCACUGCUGAGGAAUUCAAGAACUUCACCCGCUACAUUGCAUAUAUCGAGUCCCAGGGUGCUCAUAAAGCAGGCCUUGCUAAGAUUGUUCCACCAAAGGAAUGGAAGCCUCGAGGUUCUUACGAUGAUAUAGAUGAUUUGGUGAUACCUGCACCCAUUCAGCAGGUGGUGACGGGCCAGUCAGGACUUUUUCAGCAAUACAACAUUCAAAGGAAGCCCAUGACCGUCAGAGAGUUCCGAAAGAUUGCAAACAGUGACAAGUUCUGUAGCCCACAUUAUGAUGACUUUGAGGAGCUGGAAAGGAAGUAUUGGAAGAAUGUGACAUUUAAUCCACCCAUAUAUGGAGCUGAUGUUAACGGCAGCCUGUAUGACCCUGACGUCAAAGAGUGGAACAUUUGCCAUCUGGACACCAUUUUGGAUACUGUUGAACAUGAAAGUGGCAUCACUAUUGAGGGUGUAAAUACACCCUACUUAUAUUUUGGAAUGUGGAAGACCACCUUCGCAUGGCACACUGAAGACAUGGACCUCUACAGUAUCAACUACUUGCACUUCGGAGAGCCCAAAUCAUGGUACUGCGUUCCCCCAGAGCAUGGGAAACGAUUGGAACGUUUGGCUCAAGGGUUCUUUCCUGGCAGUUCCCAAAACUGUGAGGCCUUCUUGAGGCACAAGAUGACUCUCAUCUCUCCCUCUAUACUGAAGAAGUAUAGCAUUCCUUUCCAUAAGAUUACUCAGGAGGCCGGUGAGUUCAUGAUAACCUUCCCCUAUGCAUAUCAUGCUGGUUUCAACCACGGCUUUAACUGUGCAGAAUCCACCAACUUUGCCACAGAGAGAUGGAUUGAGUAUGGCAAGCAAGCAGUUUUGUGUUCAUGCCGUAAAGACAUGGUCAAGAUCUCCAUGGAUGUGUUUGUGAAGAAAUAUCAACCGGAUCGCUAUGAACAGUGGCAGGCAGGGCGAGAUGUGACCCCCAUUGAUCACUCUCGCCCCACCCCAGAGGCUAAAGAGUUCCUGGGAGAGUCCUUUAAUGACCUCAUCAGCAAUAGUAACAGCACCUCAAUGGAGAACUGUGGAGAGGACACAGAGAGGAAGAGCCCCACACAGAGAAUAGAGACCAAAAGACACAGAGUGUGUCUGGAUGUGCCUAAUGAGGUUGUUCUUAAGGAAGAAGAUGAUGAGGAUAUGGAGCAGUAUGGGAAGCGGCCUAGGCUUAGUCUAAUACCUCCACGCACUGUGUCACAAGAUGGAAAGAGAAACAAAGGCCCACCCAAGUUGGUUGUCACACCAACCAAGCUCACCUUAUUGGAUCCAUUUCACAGGAGUUUAAACGGCGACGUAGGUCGCCAGCCGCAUUACACCAAAACUCGUGCACCUGCAAUCUCCUCUCUGUCCCAGCCCAGGAAUGGACAUCUGUCAAUUUCAGCGCCACCCACCUGGUCAGAAGUCAAUGCUGUGCCAGCUCGCAAAAUGGGAGUAGCCAGCCUGCUCUUCCACAGGACCCUUAGUCCAAAAGACACUCUUCAAGUGCACAGCUACACUCUAGAGAAGCAGCAGCAGGCCCACACACAGCUGCAGGUUCACAGCUAUGCCAGAGAACAUCAGCCACGUCAUCUCCAGCACAAAGCCUGCACAGCAUCGCACACACAGGUUCAGUCUUCAUCUGAGGCACCAAGCCAUGAGAGAACAGAGCCAGAAACAACAAUCACUGUUCACAAUGCAGAAACAAAUGGAUCUGAAGCACAGGGUCUCUUGGAGCAGGAUCAAAAGGAGGAAAAAUCUGAAAUGCCAAUAUCUGUUGAGGAGAAGAAACCCGAAGUUGAGCUGACUGGCAAGAGUGUUUCCUCUCAAAUUUACACACAACACAGAGAGACAGGCAAAGCCGAAACGGAGCCUACCAAGAACAACAAGCGAAAGAGUUAUCAAUGCCCCCUUGUGGAUAGUGGCAUUGUCAUCGUGAAAGACACCAUUCCUGUCAAGAGUCCAGUGUGUGAUGAGAUGAAGGUGAUCGCUCACAAUCAUCACCAGGUGUCAGAAGAACAAUCAUACUGCAAGUCAGUGGUGAAGAAGCAGCAGCAGCAAGCACAGCUGCCAAAGCUGCCCCGUCAUCACCCUCUGAUCAGGGAGCUGCACAGUGAUGAUGAGUGGUAUGCAGAUAUGAAGUUUGAGCAAGAGGAGAAGGAGGAGUGGGCGAAACCACUGGUCCAGCUGUGGCAGUGUCGACCGUACAACCCGCAGGCAGAGAGAGAAUACAACAGGAUUAUGGGUCAGCAGGCCCCAUACUGCGCCAUCUGCCUUCUCUUCCACACCUACCAUCAGUCUGAAUCUGACGGUCCAAACUCAUGUGUGACACUGGUGAACCGACCAGGGGGCCACCAGUGGUCCAAGCCACUGAUCCCUGAAAUGUGUUUCAACACCCAAACCAGCAAGACGGGCGACAGCGGAGAGGGACAGCUAACAAACCCUCAUGUGGCUGAGGACGGGACCAGCCGACUGGUCAGCUGUGCUCAGUGCUGUGUCCGUGUACAUACCAGUUGUUAUGGUGUGUCGGGACAUGGAGCAGAGCUGGACGACUGGCUGUGUGCCCGCUGUGAGGCAGACGCCAUCACUGAGGACUGCUGUUUAUGUUCACUGAGAGGUGGAGCUCUGCAGAGAGCCAACGACGACAAGUGGGUUCAUGUGCUGUGUGCCAUCACUGUGCUAGAGGCUCGCUUUGUCAACAUCACUGACCGCUGUCCCAUAGACCUCUCUGCCAUCCCACUGCCACGCUUCAGACUGAAGUGCGUAUACUGCAGGAAACGGAUGAAGAGAGACGUGAAAGGCUGCUGUGUCCAGUGCUCCAAUGGACGCUGCUCCACCGCAUUUCACCCCACAUGUGCUCAGGCAGCUGGCAUCCUCAUGCACCCAGACGACUGGCCAUUCAUAGUCUACAUCACCUGCCACAGACACAGGACACCUGUCAUACCUGAGCGUAACAAGGCCACCAUGCAAGAGCUGACGGAGGGACAGAGGGUGAUCUGUAAGCACAAAAACGGGCGUUACUAUCAUAGCGAGCUGAUGGAGCUGACCAACGCCACCUUCUACGAGGUUGUGUUUGACGACGGGUCCUACAGCGACAAUCUCUUCCCAGAGGAUAUCGAGAACCGUGACUGUGUGCGGCUUGGCCCACCUGCCGAAGGUGAUGCUGUUCAAGUGCGAUGGACGGACGGGUUGAUAUAUGGAGCCAAAUUUGUGGCAUCACACUCCAUCCCUAUGUAUCUGGUGGAGUUUGAGGAUGGAUCACAGAUCACUGUUAAGCGAGAAGACAUCUACACUCCAGAUGAAGAUCUGCCCAAACGAGUCAAGUCACGCAUGUCAGUGGCGUCAGACAUGCGAUUUGAGCUCUUCACACAGAACGAAGUGAAACAGACCUCCAAAAGGCAAAGAGUCAUUAACUCCCGCUACAGAGAGGACUACAUCGAGCCGGUCAUAUACAGAGCCAUCAUGGAGUGACGUCCAUUCCUCCCUCUUCUUGCUGCGUUCUCGCCACAGAGAGAUGCAGCUCCAUCUCUGCGUUUAUUGGAUCGGCUUCUCUGCUUCUCCAUACUGCUGACAGGAAUGACCAACAUCCCCCCAACCCCCCGAUUCUUCUUCUUCCACUGCCUGUCAGGCUUUUUAUUUAUAAACUACGGCUGGGACUUUUAGAGACUUUUUGUGUUGAACAAUAAUAUUGUUAGCUCUCCAUUUUUCAUCAUACUUUGUGGUGUAUGUUCUCCUCUACCAUUAUUUUUUCCUUUUCCACAGGAAGAAGCCAUCAAUGAAUUACUGAAUAAUUUAAAUGGGAAGGUUGGGUUGUCUUACUGCUCUUAUUAUUUCCGCCAUCAAAUAGCAGCCAUCAACUCAACACAUCCUGUAAUAGGCAGUUUUUUUUCUACUUUAGUGAUUCCUCUUCUCUAAAGUAAUUUAUUUCUGUUAUUGUUUUUCUCAAUAUUUAUCAUCUAUACUUUGCAGUGAAGUAAAUAGUGCAUAGGAUUGAGGUUUUAGAGGAAGCAUUUUCAUGGGCCGUUUUUUUUCUUUCAUGAAUCCAAACAUAGGCAGAUCUGAAAACUUUGAGCAAAUCAGCUGUUAUCAACAAUUCGUUUCAUUAAUUUGAUUCAUCAAGAAUCUGUAAAGUUAAACCCCAAAGAAAUAAAUCAUCUUCAGAAUGUACUAAUUAUUCGGUGCGUCUACUGUGAAGAAUGAAGAGAUCUGUUGGAAAGACCCGAGCCUUACAUUUCACAGGGCCAGGCACAUUUGGCUUUCCUAAAGCUUUGUCAGAACUCUUGUAAUUAAUGUUAUUAUGACAAUUUAUUUAUGCGAGUGCAUUGAGUUUGAAAACAAAGCUAUUUUUGUUAUGUCCUUUUCCCGGUCUGUCGAAAACCUCAGAUGUAUUUAUAUUUAUUAUAUUGAAAGGUUUUCAAGCAUCCUCUUUAAAUUUCCAUACUCACUUCCCUGUUUUGGGAUUGGAGGGCGUGAAUGCCAGUGUGGGUCGAGUCUCUCUCUAAGCAAAAAGCACUUAUUGUUCCCUCCUGCCACGGGAAAUUUAGAUAUUUUUGUGUGUUCCUGAUGAAAGUUAGCUUUAGAGACUAACGUUGUAAUUAGAUUAUAGUUUGAUCCCAAAUAAAAACAAUGUUGAGAGGA